GACUGGCCGAUACUGAAGGCUGAAGAGGUAGGAAGAAGCAGCAGAAAAGGAAGAAGAAGAGAAAAAACAGAGAGACAGAGAGAGAAUGGCUUCAAUCUCAUCGAGGGCUUCAUCUCUGCUGGUAAAGGCCGGAAAAUCAGGAGCAGCAGCUACGUCGCCUUCACUCUGCGCUUCAUCUGUCGGGUUCAAAUGCAACCUCAGUCGACCCAGUUUCUUGGGUAAGCAACUCAGAUCAAGUGUCAUCCGUUGCCCUGCCCCUUCUUCUUCCCGCUCGUUUCAGACGGAGAUCAAUGCCUCCAUGAAACCAGUCCCUGGAGUUCAAGAGCUCUAUGUGUAUGAGAUGAAUGAGAGAGACAGAGGCAGCCCUGCCUACCUUCGCCUCAGUCAGAAAAGCGUCAACUCGCUCGGUGAUCUAGUGCCCUUCAGCAACAAGCUUUACCACGGCAACCUAGAGAAGCGUCUCGGAAUCACAGCGGGACUCUGCAUACUGAUACAGCACGUUCCGGAAAAGAACGGGGACCGGUACGAGGCCAUCUACAGCUUCUAUUUCGGAGACUACGGCCACAUCUCUGUUCAAGGAGCGUACCUCACAUACGAAGACACGUACCUAGCAAUUACAGGAGGAUCAGGGAUAUUCAAGGGAGUCCAUGGCCAAGUGAAGCUGCAGCAGAUCGUCUUCCCCUUCAAGCUCUUCUACACCUUCUACCUUGAAGGCAUCCCCAAGCUGCCGGCGGUGCUCCUGGGGAAGCCGGUGCCUCCCUCGCCCUCCGUGGAGCCUCUCCCUGCGGCCAAGGCCCUCGAGCCCCAAGCCACCAUCCCCAACUACACUAACUGAACUUCCUCACAGCCAUCGACUGCCAGAAAACUUAAAUUUUGGCAGGCAUUGUUGCCUUUUACUCUGGGUUGUGUUUCUAUGUGGAAGAACCUUUGGAAGUUUUAAUAGGACCUCUUGAUCUUUAAGCUUA